UAAUAUGCGAAUUUACAAAAUUUCUCUCUCUUGAUCUGGACCUGUUGUCUCUCUCUCUCCUCACUCUGAUUAUUUUCCUCCGCUGCUCUGCGACUCCUCCACGGCAGCUCCGCCUCCACCUUUAGUUCCUUCACUCUCUCGGUCUCAUCUUCUUCAAGGGGUUUCAGGUUCUGGCAAAGGCUUUUGGAAUGGCAGCGAUUAAUAGUCUUUACAUCGUCAAUAAGUCUGGUGGAUUGAUCUACUAUAAGGAUUAUGGGUCAGCUGGACGAAUGGAUACCAAUGAUACCUUGCGAGUGGCUAGCUUAUGGCAUUCAAUGCAUGCCAUCUCUCAGCAGCUAUCACCUGUGUCAGGUUGUUCAGGAAUUGAACUACUCCAAGCUGACACAUUUGAUCUUCAUUGCUUCCAAUCACUGACAGGGACAAAGUUUUUUGCAGUAUGCGAGCCUGGCACUCAACAAAUAGAAAGUUUAUUGAAAUUCAUAUAUGGGUUGUAUACGGAUUAUGUUCUGAAGAACCCCUUCUAUGAGAUAGAGAUGCCUAUUCGAUGCGAGCUCUUUGAUAUCAACCUAACUCAGUCAGUACAAAAGGAUCGAGUUGCACUUUUGGGUCAAUAAAUUGCUGGCCUAGACCUUUUUUUGUUAAUGAUUGUCUUGUAAGGUGUGCAACUCUGUUUUAUUGUACCUGGUCUAUGUAUUUGCUUACAGAAAAGCUUUUUAAGAUCCAAAUAUAUGAGAUUCGUCAUUUCCUACCAUGUUUUUCGCAUACAAA